CUUCAGAGCUGGACGAACUCGCAGGUGCAAUGCGGACGGUUCUUGCGGUUCUCCUUUGUGCCGCUUAUGUAGCAGGACAAGUUCAUCAUUGGACUUAUGAGUGCGGAUCAGGCAAUGUCUGCGUGAAGAAGCGUCUGAGCGCGUUGCCGGAGCAGAACGAAUUGCCGGAGGCGCGGAAGGCGCAGUCCCUGGCCGUCUGCAAAUUGCUGUGCGACCCGUACGCCGCCCUCUGGCCGCGACCGACGUCUGCUUUGAACAUCACCCAGUCCUUGGCCUUCGUCGACGCUUUGAAAAUCACCCUCAAGUCGAAAUCCACGACUGCUGCGGGCAAAUUCGCGUCCCUUGUCACCGGACUAGAGAGCUACGUCAAGGCCGUGGUCACAGCCCAGAACAAACCAGGCGUGCUUUUGCAAAAAGACGCGGCUCGUGCGACUGCAAAGCGAUCACUCGAGAUUGUGCUGAGUGUCACCGACCCCGCAGUGGUGCGCCCUGGCCUUCAGGUGGACGAGAGCUACUCGCUCAAGGUUUCCACCGGCUCAGUUGAGACUGAUCCGAUAACGGCCGAGGUGGAUUCCGCCAACUUUUUCGGUGCUCGGCACGGCGUGGAGACUUUGCUGCAGUUGGUGGUGUGGUCGGACGUGGACGGCAGCCUGGUGCUUCCGUCCGGCGUGCAGGUGAGCGACAAGCCCAAGUACGCGCACCGCGGCUUCCUGCUCGACACGGCGCGAAACUUCUUCUCCGUCGAGUCCAUCAAGAGGACCAUCGACGCCAUGGCCCAGGUCAAGCUGAACGCCUUCCACUGGCACAUCACCGACUCGCACAGCUUCCCCUUCGUCGCCAACUCGAAACCCGAACUGCACCAACUCGGCGCCUACACUCCCGAAAAGAUUUACACUCCUGAGGCGAUUAGGGACGUGGUGGAGUUUGCCAGGGUACGCGGUGUGCAGGUCAUUCCUGAGUUUGACGCACCAGCACACGUAGGUGAAGGGUGGCAAUUUGGAGACGCGGACAACCUGACCGUGUGCGUCGGUCGCGAGCCGUGGACCUCGUAUUGCGUGGAGCCUCCGUGCGGCCAGCUGAACCCUUUGAAGGAAAGGGUGUACGAGGUGCUGAACGGCAUCUACAAGGACAUGCUGAGCGUGUUCGACAGCGAGGUGUUCCACUUUGGCGGCGACGAGGUCAACCUGAACUGCUGGAACUCGAGCGAAGCCGUGACCGACCUGAUGGCCGAGCAGGGCUACGGCCGCUCCGAGGGCGAGUUCCUCCGGCUCUGGUCCGACUUCCAGCAACGCGCCCUCGACGAACUCACCAAGGCCAACAACGGCUCUCGCAUCCCCGGAAUCCUCUGGACGAGCCACCUGACAGAAAAGGGAAAGGUCACCAAAUACCUCGACUCCGGAAAUUACAUCAUUCAAAUUUGGACAACCGGAAAGGACGAAGUGAUCGCCGAACUGGUACGGUCUGGCUUCAAAGUGAUUCUGUCUAAUUACGACGCGCUGUACUUUGACUGCGGCUACGGCGCCUGGGUGGGCGAGGGCAACAACUGGUGCUCGCCCUACAUCGGCUGGCAGAAGGUCUACGAGAAUAGGCCCAGCAAAAUCCUGGAGGACCUUGGCGUCGGCCAAUACGGCGAUUUGGUUUUGGGGGCUGAAGCCGCCCUUUGGAGUGAGCAGGUCGAUGAGCAAACCCUGGACGGAAAAGUUUGGCCGCGAGCUGCCGCCAUGGCCGAGCGCCUGUGGAGCGACCCUGCGGAAAACUGGCGCCAGGCGGAGAUGCGGAUGAUCAACGUGAGGGAGCGCCUGGUGGCCAGAGGGGUGAUGGCCGACGCCCUGCAGCCCGAGUGGUGCCACCAGAACGACGACAAGUGCAAAUUGUAUGACGUGAAAUAGUCUCUUUUUUGAUCAUAGUUUUUUUUCCAAUAAAAAUGAUUUACAGAAUAGAAAGACUUGAUUUGUGAAAAAUAAACAUAAAUUUUACAAUUCC